AUGGCGCUUGCUACAAAGACACAGUCGCAGAAGAUCUUCGAGAAGUUGAAGCAGAAGCAAGCCAACAAGAUCUGCUUCGACUGCGGCGCCAAAAACCCCACUUGGUCUUCGGUUCCCUUUGGCAUCUACCUCUGUCUCGAUUGUUCCGCCCACCACAGAAACCUCGGUGUCCAUAUCUCCUUCGUCCGCUCUACCAACCUCGACAUCUGGCAAUGGGAGCAGCUUCGUACAUUCAAGGUUGGCGGCAAUGAAUCGGCCACAAAAUACUUCCAGAGCCAUGGUGGUUCUGCCGCUCUAGCUAGCAAGGACCCCAAGACGAAAUACACAUCCAAUGCUGCCAACAAAUACAAGGAAGAGCUGACACGGAGGUGCCAGGCUGAUGCCAAGCAAUAUCCCGAGGAGGUUAUUAUCACCGACCUCGCCGAUGAGGCUGGCGCAAGCGGCACAAGCACACCUGCAGGAGACGACGACGAUUUCUUCUCUUCUUGGGACAAGCCCACCAUCAAGCGUCCUAGCAACCCUCCAUCCCGUACCGGCACUCCAGGCAUCAACCGCACCAACUCGCCUUUCCUCAACGCCCCAGCUAAUGGAGCUGCACGACCAAAGUCGCCGCUGACUGCCGAGUCAGCAGCUGCUGCUCCCGCUACCGCCCGUGCAAUUCCCGCUUCAGCAGCUCGCAAGACCGCCACUGGUGGUGCCGCACCUCGCAAGGCCAACAUUCUGGGCGCAAAGAAGAAGCUUGGAGCAAAGAAGGUUGAUCCGGCAGCUCUCGAUUUCGACGCUGCCGAACGCAAGGCUCGCGAGGAGGCUGAAAGAAUCGCAAAGUUGGGUUAUGAUCCAGAGGCCGAGACCGCCCCUGUAGAGGCUCAGAUCAGCUCUGCACAACCGGACUCUACCUCGAGCAUUGUGAGCCCGCAACCCGUCAGCCCUAGACCGGGUGUUGGAUUUGGCGCCACUGGAAAGGCCAAGGAGAAGGAAGGAGACAUGGAGAAGCUGGGCAUGGGUGUUCGCAAGCUUGGAUUUGGUCAAGUCGGUGGUGGUGCUCCAGCCGCUGCAGCACCGAAGAAGAUGGGCUUCGGUUCGACCACCAGAGCAACGGAAGACGAUUCGGAGAAAUAUGCGCGCCAAAAGUUCGGAUUGCAAAAGGGUAUCUCGUCAGACGAAUUCUUCGGAAGAGGCACAUUCGACUCGAACGCUCAACAAGAAGCCAAAUCCCGUCUGCAAGGAUUCGAAGGCGCACAAUCCAUUUCAUCCAAUGCUUACUUUGGAAGACCCGAGGAUGAGAUGCCCGAGGGUGAGUAUGGAGACAUUGAGACGGCAGCCAAAGACUUUGUACGCAAGCUUGGAAUUACUGCGGGAGACGAUCUUGAGAACCUCACCAGUCUACUGGGUGAAGGAACCAACAAACUGCAAGGUGCCAUCAGGAACUACCUUAACGGAUAG